AUGCCAUCAGCAGCGGCACGAAGGGUGUAUGAGGAUCAAAUACCGUCGUUUAUGUCAGUAUUUGGUCUGGAUGAGGAGACAAUGGCAGAUCGGGAUACGGUGACAGUGGUUGAUCCCAGGCUGGUUGGUUCAGACGCAAAGACAGCGCCGACUUUGAACAGCCACCCCUCAGAGCUUACUCACGCGAUUGCUGCGCAUGAUCCUAGCCAUAAGCAUCACGACAGCACGUCGACGCAGAUGUCAGAGUCGACCGAGUCCUCUCCAACGACGACCUUGUCGACGACUGACUCAUCGCCACUUUCCGACCCUUCACCAUCAUCGUCCCCCGAUUCACCUGUGAGCGUCAUGCCUCUCAACAACUUCCCCCCACCGAGCUUUGCUUCGGCCGACUUCCCGCCUCCCUCAUUCAACAGCAACUUCUUGAGGCCUACCUUGACCAUGCCCACAACCGAUCCCAGCACACUGGAACGUCCUAUGACUUCCCCUGCGCCCAGACGACCUAGGAACAUGAAAGGCCUUUCAAUUCAGCCACCUGGCACUAUCCGCACGACGACCGCUCUGGUUUCGGAGCCCUCGUCUCCAUCGGCUUUUAUCAAGCCCCAAAUUCCCGCCAUGAAGCGCAAACCUAGUAUGCUCAGUUUGAGGACGAGUAGCCAGGAUUUACAUAGACCGGCCAUGGAAGUUCCGCCCUCGCCUGGGAUGCCCCCGAUCUUGCAACGACGGGCCUUGAAGCACUCUACUUCCUCACCCCAUAUGUUCUCGAGUAUGAAAUCAGCAGCAUUUGGUCCGGUUGGGGGUAUGAGACUUCCUAAUAUGUUGGAGAGGAACGAAUCGGGACUGUCCGAGGUUCUUCGUCCUUCAAAACCAGGCAGCAUUGUCGUCGCUCCGGAGACGACAAUCGAAGAAGAGGAUUCUCCCAUCCGAACGCAGCUCGCCAGCCGAAUGGGCUUGGAUCCAUUCCAGGAGAAGGAGAACAACGAGGAUCAGAAAACCCCAGGCUACCCCGACGGCCCCAUUGCCAUCUACGAGGACAAUGUGUAUUUGUACCUGGAGCCUACCGCAGACGAAGCUGCUCGGUUUGACGUGGUCAUUAACGUCGCCAAAGAAGUUCGCAACCCAUUUGAUAUGGAUCCUGCUAAGCGGAGAAUGGUCAGCCCAGUUGGCUCGGACCUGAGUCCAGUCCCCAACACAGCAAUGACCGACGCGAGCUUUGCUACAGCCUUUGAGUACUUCCCCUCAGACACGCCUACAACCCCAAAGGCGAACCCUUUCAACACCCCCGAAUAUAUUCAUAUGCCUUGGGAUCACAAUACCGAUAUUGCUCCCGACCUUAUGGAGCUCUGUGAGACGAUAGACAAGCGGACCAGGGAGGGCAAGAAGGUCCUUAUUCACUGCCAGCAGGGCGCUAGCCGUUCUGCAAGUCUGAUCAUCGCAUACGGUCUCUACCGCAACCCAGAGCUCAGUGUCAAUGAUGCAUACCAUGCAGCACAGCUCAAGAGCCAGUGGAUUAGCCCUAACAUGAAGCUCAUGUACUGCCUCCAGGACUUCCAAAAGGACAUCUCCAAACGGCGACUUGCACCUCCUUGCAGCUUCCGAGGCCCUCGAACUGGCCGUAGCCCGACCAAGCACAGGCUUACACUCUCCGCCGACAACAUUGAGAUCUCACCCAAAGAGCCAAGGACGGCACCAUUGCCUGGAGAAGAACAAGACUGCGACCAGGUGCAAUCUGCUCAUCCUGACAGCAGACGCCGAGGAAACUCAACCCCAGGAUCUCAGGCCAUUUCGCCUGGUCCAGCUUCGGCUCCGCCAAACAUGUCAUGGCAACAAGAGGUUGAAGCGAAGCACAUGGUUCCACCUUUGCCACAAGUUGCUGAGCUCCCUCAACGACCCAAGAUCGAGCAGAAGCCACCACCGGUGGCCAACUUUUCCCGAAAGAUCGACGAAGUGGCCGGUCUAAUCCCCCCUACGCCUGGCUUUGGGCCACCAGCUGGAUUCGGCUUCCGAUUUGAUCCUCCAUCGAGGGCGCCACCACCCCCACCUCCAAGCACGAUUAUGGAGGCCCCGGAGCCUGCGUUUCCCACGGCUCCUGCUCCUGAGCUGCACCCGGCAUACCCUAGCGAGGAUGACGACCUGGUAAUGUCUCCUCGAGCCGAGUUGAUGACAAACAAUCCUCUCCACAAUUACCCAUCUGUUGCUGGCUUCCAGUUUGCACAGACGACGUUGUCACCCACGGGUGAUCUAUUCUCGCCCCGAGCGAGCGCCUUCAAUCGCGACUCGUUUCCCUCAUUUGGACGACCGGCUCAGGUUGCGGAUCCUCGAAGCCCCCCCACCAGGGGAGAGGCGCCCAUAAUUCGAUCUAUUGACGACAUCUUAUGA